CAUCUCCAUUUUCCGCACUAAAUUCUUUAUCUCUAUCUUUCUUCUUUAUUUUCUCUGUAUUUUCUGAUUUUUUGUUUCUGCUCAUUGUUGUUCUCCAAUCAAUUGAAGAAAUAUCCAUGGCGGAAAAGCACUUUAAGUACGUCAUCCUUGGUGGUGGUGUUUCUGCUGGUUAUGCUGCAAGAGAGUUCGUCAAACAAGGUCUUCAACCUGGAGAACUAGCAAUCAUUUCUAAAGAAGCGGUGGCUCCUUAUGAACGUCCAGCACUCAGCAAAGCAUACCUCUUUCCAGAGGGUACUGCAAGACUUCCUGGGUUCCAUACCUGUGUUGGAAGUGGAGGGGAGCGACUUCUUCCUGACUGGUACAAGGAAAAAGGAAUUGAGUUGGUCCUGAGCACAGAAAUUGUAAAAGCCGAUAUUUUUUCCAAGUCCCUCACAAGUGCUGCUGGAGAUAUUUUCAAAUUUGACAUUUUGAUCAUUGCAACCGGUUCAACAGUCAUUAGAUUGACAGAUUUUGGAGUUCAAGGAGCUGAUGCACAGAACAUCUUCUAUCUCAGAGAAAUUGAUGAUGCUGACAAGCUUGUAGAAGCAAUUAAAGCAAAAAAGAAUGGUACAGCUGUAGUUGUUGGUGGAGGUUAUAUUGGUCUGGAGCUUAGUGCUGCACUGAGAAUCAACAAUCUGGAUGUCACCAUGGUUUAUCCAGAGCCCUGGUGCAUGCCUCGUCUUUUUACUGCUGAUAUAGCCAAGUUCUAUGAGGGUUAUUAUGCUAACAAAGGAAUCAAAAUUAUAAAAGGAACAGUAGCUACUGGAUUCAGCUCCAACGAUAAGGGAGAGGUGAAACAGGUGCAGCUAAAGGAUGGUAGGGUGCUUGAAGCUGAUAUUGUGAUUGUUGGUGUUGGUGGAAGGCCUCUCACUGCGUUGUUCAAGGGGCAAGUUCAAGAGGAGAAAGGAGGGAUUAAGACCGAUGCAUUCUUUAAAACUAAUGUUGCUGAUGUGUACGCUGUCGGUGAUGUUGCCACCUUUCCAAUGAAAAUAUAUGGCGAUAUAAGAAGAGUUGAACAUGUUGAUCAUGCCCGUAAAUCUGCUGAGCAGGCUGUGAAGGCCAUCAAGGCCAGCGAGGAAGGAAAGUCAAUUGAAGAAUAUGAUUAUCUACCCUACUUCUAUUCUAGAUCAUUUGAUCUAUCCUGGCAAUUCUAUGGCGAUAAUGUGGGAGAAACAGUUCUAUUUGGAGACAACGACCCAACAUCAUCAACACACAAGUUUGGUACAUACUGGAUAAAAGAUGGGAAAGUUGUAGGAGCAUUCCUGGAGAGUGGAACUCCAGAGGAAAACAAGGCUAUUGCUUCAGUUGCUAGAGUGCAGCCUGCAGUGGAGAGCACGGAUCAGCUUUCAAAGGAAGGACUUGGCUUUGCCUCUAGGAUCUGAAGGGCGUGCUACAAAUAAUUAAGCUCGAUUGUUGUGAUCGUAUUCAUAUCGUUGCUAGGGAGAUAUUGUUUAGAAUAACAUUUCUUCUGCGAUAUUUACUCCCAGGAAAUGAUAAACUGUGAGAUGUGCUGUUUAAUAAGUUUUUGAUUUACUUCAUGUUUUCUAGUUUUUGGUUCAAAUAUACUUUGCCAGCUAGUUAUUGAUAUUUGAGAUUUGAGAAUGAAUACAUUCUUAUUUUACCCCCACAAAACAAUAUAAAUUUAUGAAUGUAUAUGAUUGUAUUCUCUUUAUUUUCCACAA